AUGAAACAAGCACCAGCUAAUCCGGAUGAAAGAAGAAAUAUUCUGAAGAAGAUCUUCUAUGCACUAAGACAAUCGCCAAUGUUUAGUCAUUAUUCAGUUAAACAUAUAAGGGACUCAGCUAUUAAGUCUGAACAGUUGACUUUUGAUAGAUCGCAAUCAAGACAAGAGUAUUUACAAGCUAUGCAUGCGAAGUUGGUUAAGAUUGAAAAGAGUUAUGUUAUGAACUCAGAAGAAAUCCUAAGAGAGAUUCAUCGGAAGGAUAAAGAUGGAAUGAAUAGUGUUAAUGGUGCUGAUAGUGUUGGGGGUGGUAGUAGUGGUAGUGCUGUUACUGUUGGUGGUUUAAAUGGAAUUGGGAUGGGUGGAAUUAGUAUUGGGAUGGGUGGACCUAAUUCUAUUCUUACUCAACCUGGCUUAUCUCAACCCCUAGUUAAACCGCCCGCCUUAAAUCAACCUAGUCUAACUCAAUCUAAUCUAACUCAAUCUAAGCCGGCUGAUCUUAAUGGAGGUAUUCGUGCUGGUGUUGCUGGGGGUAUGGUUAGUGGCCGUGGUAGUGGUAGUAAUGGCCUGGGUUUGGGUGAAGAUCAGUCUAAUUCUGAAUAUACUAUGAAGAUGGUGAAUUUAGCGGGAAAUGGAAGUGGUGGUGGAGGAAUUAGACGGGCUUUGCCUUUAGAUGGAGCAAGAUUAGGACCUAUUCAGCACAUUUCGUUGGUUUCGCCUUUGAAUGGUGGUCGGGAUAAUAGUCGUGAGAGUGGAGUAAGCCCGGAAGUGUUUGGUCGGGGAGCUUUGCGUCAAAAUGGAGGAGUGAGUGGCAGUGCACCCACUGGGUUUAUGAGUACGCCUUUGCUAAAUCGAGUGAGUAUUGGAGUGGGUUUGGAUGGAAUGAAUGGUGCGAAGGAGAUAGGUGGGGGUUUAGGUGGAGUUGAAUUUGCUCGGGGACCGGAACAAGGCCCGGCGACUCGUAAUGGUGUGUUUGGCGGGUUUAGUCCUUUGACUAAGAUGGGAGUGGCUGAUUUAGAAGGAAUGAAUCGGUCUGGUGCCCGGAGUGAGUUGGAGAAGCCAGGGAGUAUGCCUGGUCUUGGACUGGGAAGUAAAUUGGGAAUGGUUGGUGGUGGUUUGCCUCGGACGGGUUCGGCCGGAAGUACUAAUACUAUUACUAAGAUGAAUAUGAAUAGACAUCAAGUAGCUAGUCGUUCGGCCCAAAGUAGUAGUGCUGAUCUGAGCUUGGCUAAUGGAGCGGGGUCUGAGGUGCCAGCUGAUGUGAUUAAAAGAGUUGAAAGUACGCCGUCCCAGAAGACUGAGAAGGAUAGAAAUCAAUCGGUGAGUUGGCUGGCGCCAAUUUGGAAAGAGAUUGAGGAAAUGAAGAGUGUGGUUGAGGCGCAUAAAAAGAUGUUCCCACGAUGGGAGGCCGAAAGGAAAGUGUUGCAGGAGUUAGAAGGUACAUUACGAGAGAAGGCCGAUGCGGGUGGAGAACAUGCUGCUGAUGCCGUGCAUGGUAUAUUGCAGCAGAUGAAACGCCAAGUGAUUUUACUCGCUACUAAGAUAAAACAAACACAAUCACUAUCAUUCCGCAAGAGGUUAGCACGAAUUUCCAAUGCGUUUAUUCAAAAGAAACAGACUCAUCCUGAUUAUUGCUUCCAUGGUGCAGAUCGAGUCAUUACUGGUGACUCUCCGGAACCAAUGCUUACCCAAACCGAAUAA